AUGAGGAGACAGAGUCAACGGAGAGCCCGGGACAAUUAUAGACUAGAAAUCAGACUUCACACGCUUCCUAACAAUGCUGUCACUGUACAAAAGGGUUCUCACAGUACUCAUUAUACUAAAGGAGUUUCUCAGAGUCGCUGUACUAAAUUAAAAAUUCAGAGAAGCAAAUAUACACAGUUCAGCGUAUACUUUUCCGUCAAGAACGAAUAUUUCAAAAGAGAUAAGGCUACCCCAAGACGUACCAAUAAGGAACGCAAGCAAACCCAAGCACCUGGCAAAUCAAACAAGGACGACGCUUAUGCGAGGGCAACAUUGUAUACUAUUUAUAAUAAUUUAGAGCACGAGCUUGUUGCUUUCGAGAUUAAUUCGCGUGUUUCCGUGCUUGCCUGCGUCGGGAGAGGGAGCGGCCCUUGUUCGUUGCCGGAGAGUGUCAACACAUAUGCUUGGAUUACGUGUCAGCAGCCGCGGUCGUUCUUCGGUUUGCUGACGGUCCCUGAAGCCAGGAGUUCAAUUUCUGUUCCAAAUGACUGCUUCUUUUCGCUACAUAAACUUGCGUUCGUUCCCCUGACACAGGUCAACAAGAGAAUUAGAUCCCGCAUGUUGAUGCUCGCUUCCUUGGCAACCCGCCAGCUCAGGCAAGGCGAAUCUGUUCACGAUCUCGGAGAGUGGAUUGGCAGAUUGGAGAUCCUGCAACGUUGGAAGCACCACGAACAGCGUCGGCAGAUCCUUAAAGCCGGGUCGAGUCGCCGAGAUCCUCGUCUUCCAACCCGGUCACCCUCUUGCACCCUUCCCCACGCUCGCCUUCCGCCUCUGUCACCCUCUUGCACCUUUUCUCGCACUCGUAUUCCGCCCCUUCCACCCUCCUGCACCCCUCCCCACGGUCGUCUUCCACCCCUGUCACCCUUCCGCACCCCCCCAUACGGACGUCUUCCGCCCCUGUCACCCUUCCGCACCCCCCCCAUACCGUCGUCUUCCGCCCGUGUCACCCUUCCGCACCUCUCCAUACCGUCGUCUUCCGCCCCUGUCACCCUUCCGCACCCCCCCCAUACCGUCGUCUUCCGCCCCUGUCACCCUUCCGCACCCCCCCCCCAUACCGUCGUCUUCCGCCCCUGUCCAUACCGUCGUCUUCCGCCCCUGUCACCCUUCCGCACCUCUCCAUACCGUCGUCUUCCGCCCCUGUCACCCUUCCGCACCUCUCCAUACCGUCGUCUUCCGCCCCUGUCACCCUUCCGCACCUCUCCAUACCGUCGUCUUCCGCCCCUGUCACCCUUCCGCACCCCCCCCAUACGGACGUCUUCCGCCCCUGUCACCCUUCCGCACCUCUCCAUACCGUCGUCUUCCGCCCCUGUCACCCUUCCGCACCUCUCCAUACCGUCGUCUUCCGCCCCUGUCACCUUCCGCACCCCCCCCAUACGGACGUCUUCCGCCCCUGUCACCCUUCCGCACCUCUCCAUACCGUCGUCUUCCGCCCCUGUCACCCUUCCGCACCUCUCCAUACCGUCGUCUUCCGCCCCUGUCACCCUUCCGCACCUCUCCAUACCGUCGUCUUCCGCCCCUGUCACCUUCCGCACCCCCCCCAUACGGACGUCUUCCGCCCCUGUCACCCUUCCGCCUCCGCCCCUGUCACCCUACCGCACCCCACCCCACGCUCGUCUUCCGCCCCAGCCACCCUAA